UAAGAGGCUGGCGCGGGCGGGCUUGAGUAGCGGAGGAGCCGGGCGCGGCGACACGCGGCCAUGGAGCGGGAGCCGGAGGCGGCCGAGGAGCCGGGACCCCCAGGACGACGGCGGCGGCGGCGGCGGCGCCGGCGCCGGGAAGGCAGGACGCGCACGGUGCGCUCCAACCUGCUGCCGCCCCCGGGCGCCGAGGACCCCGCGGCGGGCGCGGCCAAAGGCGAGCGGCGGCGGCUCGUGUGUGCCCAGCACCUGGCCGACAACCGGCUCAAGACCACCAAAUACACGCUGCUGUCCUUCCUGCCCAAGAACCUGUUCGAGCAGUUCCACCGCCUGGCCAACGUGUACUUCGUCUUCAUCGCGCUGCUCAACUUCGUGCCGGCGGUGAACGCCUUCCAGCCCGGCCUGGCGCUGGCGCCGGUGCUCUUCAUCCUGGCCGUCACGGCUUUCAAGGACCUGUGGGAGGACUACAGCCGCCACCGCUCCGACCACGAGAUCAACCACCUGGGCUGUCUUGUCUUCAGCAGGGAGGAAAACAAGUAUGUGAACCGAUUCUGGAAAGAAAUCCACGUGGGAGACUUUGUGCGUCUUCGCUGCAACGAGAUCAUCCCUGCGGACAUUCUGCUCCUCUCCUCCAGUGACCCUGACGGGCUUUGCCACAUUGAGACUGCCAACCUAGACGGAGAGACCAACCUGAAGCGGAGGCAGGUUGUCCGAGGCUUCUCGGAGCUCGUCUCCGAAUUCAAUCCGUUGAUGUUCACCAGUGUAAUCGAGUGUGAGAAGCCAAACAACGACCUGACUAGGUUUCGUGGUUGCAUCAUACACGACAAUGGGAAAAAGGCUGGACUGUAUAAAGAAAACCUGUUGCUUCGAGGCUGCACCAUCAGGAACACAGACGCGGUCGUCGGCAUCGUCAUCUACGCAGGACACGAAACCAAGGCUCUGCUGAACAACAGCGGGCCCCGCUACAAGCGCAGCCAGCUUGAGAGGCAGAUGAACUGCGAUGUGCUCUGGUGUGUCCUUCUCCUCAUUUGUAUGUCUCUGUUUUCAGCGGUCGGACAUGGAUUGUGGGUACGGCGGUAUCAAGACAAGAAAUCAUUAUUUGAUGUCCCUGAGUCUGACGGAAGCGCUUUGUCCCCAGUCACAGCUGCAGUUUACUCAUUUUUGACAAUGAUAAUAGUCCUGCAGGUUUUGAUCCCAAUUUCCUUAUACGUUUCCAUUGAAAUUGUUAAAGUGUGCCAGGUGUACUUCAUCAACCAGGAUAUGGAGCUGUACGAUGAAGAAACAGACUCACAGCUGCAAUGCCGUGCUCUGAACAUUACGGAAGACUUAGGGCAGAUACAGUACAUCUUUUCAGAUAAAACUGGCACUUUAACCGAGAAUAAGAUGGUUUUCCGAAGAUGCACUGUGUCUGGCGUAGAAUAUUCGCAUGAUGCAAAUGCCCAGCGUCUGGCCAGGUACCAGGAGGCCGACUCGGAGGAGGAGGAGGUGGUACCCAGAGGCGGCUUGGUGUCCCAGCGUGGCAGCAUUGGGAGCCACCAGAGCAUCCGAAUGAUGCACAGAACCCAGAGCACCAAGUCCCACCGGCGCACGGGCAGCCGGGCCGAGGCCAAGAGGGCCAGCAUGCUGUCCAGGCACACGGCCUUCAGCAGCCCCAUGGAGAAAGACAUCACGCCCGAUCCAAAGCUGCUUGAGAAGGUGAGCGAGUGUGACAGGUGCCUGGCUGUGGCGCGGCACCAGGAGCACCCGCUGGCCCACCUCUCGCCCGAGCUCUCUGAUGUUUUCGAUUUCUUCAUCGCGCUUACUAUCUGCAACACAGUAGUUGUCACGUCCCCGGAUCAGCCACGACAAAAGGUGAGGGUGAGGUUUGAGCUGAAGUCCCCGGUGAAGACCAUAGAGGACUUCCUCCGCAGGUUCACACCCAGCCGCCUGACCUCAGGUUGCAGCAGCAUUGGGAAUCUGGCCACCAACAAGUCCAAUCACAAAUCGGGGUCCAACUUCCUGUCCAACCUGUCCAGCAACAGCACACUCCUCAGGCUGGAGGACAAGCUAGGCCAGUCCACCCCAGCCAUCGCCAGCAACGGCUACAGCAGCCAAGCCGGCAACUGGGCCCCAGAGCCCACCAGGGAGCAGGAGCCAGAGCUGAAGAAGGAGGAGCUGGAGCUGCGGUACGAGGCUGAGAGCCCCGACGAGGCGGCGCUAGUGUACGCGGCCAAGGCCUACAACUGCGUGCUAGUGGAUCGCCUACACGACCAGGUGUCGGUGGAGCUGCCCCACCUGGGCCGCCUCACCUUCGAGCUCCUGCACACGCUGGGCUUUGACUCCAUCCGCAAGAGGAUGUCAGUGGUAAUCCGCCACCCAAUCACCGACGAGAUCAACGUCUACACCAAGGGGGCCGACUCAGUGGUCAUGGAUCUCCUGCUGCCCUGCUCCUCAGAUGACGCCAGAGGAAGGCAUCAAAAAAAGAUCCGUAGCAAAACUCAGAAUUUCCUGAACAUGUACGCGGUAGAAGGCCUGCGCACCUUGUGCAUCGCCAAGAGGGUUCUGAGCAAAGAAGAGUAUGCCUGCUGGUUGCAAAGCCACUUAGAAGCAGAAUCCUCCCUGGACAACCGCGAGGAGCUCCUCUUCCAGUCAGCCAUUCGCCUGGAGACAAAUCUGCACCUGCUGGGUGCCACUGGGAUUGAAGACCGCCUGCAGGAGGGAGUCCCUGAAACCAUCGCUAAAUUGCGUCAAGCAGGCCUGCAGAUUUGGGUUCUCACUGGUGACAAACAAGAAACAGCCAUUAACAUUGCACGUGCCUGCAAACUGCUGGACCAUGAAGAGGAAGUCAUCACCCUGAACGCCGAAUCCCAGGAAGCGUGUGCUGCCCUGCUGGACCAGUGCCUACACUACGUGCAGUCCAGAGGCCUCCGCAGCACCCCCGAGAAGACGGAAGGCAAAGUGAGCGUGGGGUUCUCCCCUCUCUGCCCCACCCCUGCGUCCACUGCCUCCAACCCCAGCCCAAGCCUCGUGAUCGAUGGGCGAAGUCUGGCCUAUGCCCUCGAGAAAAACCUGGAGGACAAGUUUCUCUUCCUUGCCAAACAAUGUCAGUCAGUCCUCUGCUGUCGGUCAACACCUCUGCAGAAGAGCAUGGUGGUGAAGCUGGUCAGAAGCAAGCUCAAGGCCAUGACCCUGGCCAUAGGUGACGGAGCCAAUGAUGUCAGCAUGAUCCAGGUGGCAGAUGUGGGUGUGGGAAUCUUGGGCCAGGAGGGCAUGCAGGCAGUGAUGGCCAGCGACUUUGCCGUGCCGAGAUUCCGCUACCUGGAGAGACUCUUGAUUGUUCACGGACACUGGUGCUAUUCCCGACUUGCCAACAUGGUGCUGUACUUCUUCUACAAAAACACGAUGUUCGUGGGCCUCCUGUUUUGGUUCCAGUUUUACUGUGGCUUCUCUGCAUCUGCCAUGAUCGACCAGUGGUAUCUAAUCUUCUUCAAUCUGCUCUUCUCAUCGCUUCCCCAGCUCGUGACUGGGGUGCUGGACAAGGAUGUGCCGGCCCACGUGCUGCUGACCAAGCCGCAGCUCUACAGGAGCGGCCAGAACAUGGAGGAAUACCGACCACAAACGUUCUGGUUAAACAUGGUCGAUGCUGCCUUCCAGAGCCUGGUUUGCUUUUUCAUUCCUUACCUGGCCUACUACAAUUCGGACGUGGACCUAUUCACCUGGGGGACCCUCAUCACAGCCAUCGCACUGUUCACCUUCCUACUGCACCUGGGUAUUGAAACCAGAACUUGGACCUGGCUCAACUGGAUCACUUGUGGCUUCAGUAUCAUUUUGUUUUUCACUGUGGCUUUGAUUUACAAUGCUUCUUGUGCAGCGUGCUACCCUCCGUCUAACCCUUAUUGGACUGUGCAGACGCUACUGCGUGACCCUGUGUUUUACUUGACUUGCCUCAUAGCGCCUGUCACCGCGCUGCUACCCAGAUUAUUUUUCAAAGCCCUCCAGGGAAGCCUUUUUCCCACCCCACUGCAGCUGGGACGCCAGUCGGCCAGGAAGUGCCCCAAGAGACUCAACAUUCCCAAAGAGACCUUUGCUCAGGGACGUCUCGAGGGAGACCUGAGAACUGACCACUCAGUGGGGAGGACCAUCAGCCCCUCUGCGUCCCUGUCCCGGGACCGUGUCUCCCAGGACUGUACCUCUCAGGCUGCUUGGCACACACAGCAGCCAGCCUGCUCCCCAGAGGCCAGCGAGGAGCCCAGCGUGGUGGACAACAGUGUGCCACUGAGGGAUGACACCGUACUGGAGGGGCUGAGUGCGCAGUCCCCGGGGUCCUCCACCUGGGGGGCAGCUGUUCCAGAAGGGUGUCCCGAGGAGUCCAAGGUGAAAUCCACCAGUGCUGGCAGGGUGGCCCCCCUGGCGUCCCUCUUCAACCUGCCCAACUUCAGCUCGAUCAACUGGAUUUCUUCCCUGUCGCUGGUCAGUGGGCUGGGGAGUGUCCUACAGUUCUCCCGAAGCAGUUUGCAGAUGGACAAGCAGGACGGGCAGUUCCUGUCCAGGCCCCCUCGGGCAGAGCAGGACUUAAGGGGACAGACCACGGACUACUUCUAGUAGCACCUUCAAGGGGUCACAGCUGACUGGCUGCCAUGGAAACCUUGAUUUCAAGGCCUUUUUUGAUAUAUAUAACAUAGAUGUUAAUAUUAUUUAUGUUUAUUAUUUGCACAGAAGAAUUCUAGGGAGAUGUAUUUUUAAAUGUUUCCGAGGCUAACACAGGAAACGAGAGGUACCAAAAAAGAAAGUUUAUUUUUUAAAGUUCUAAGUAGAGUAUAUUGAAAAGAAAAAUAAGAGCUUUAACGUAUAUAAAAAUUUAAAGAAGAAUGAAACUUGAAAA